UUUCCACCAUAUUAUCAGAUACUUCAAUCGGUGAUUGAAUUAUAAAAAUACUCUAAAAAGAAUAACAGAAUAAUUAGCUGCUGAUGUAAAUGUCACUAAGAAAGCCAUUUGAUUCCUAAUAAAAUAUUCAAAUAUACCACAACAAAAAUACAAUGACUCGGCUUUGCAUUUUGUUGACGGUAAUUUUGUUCAGCGUGUAUCAAACAGAACAGGCAUAUUUUUUGGAGAAAGAUUACAUCGAUCGGAUCAAUACACAAGCAACGACUUGGAUGGCGGGCCAAAAUUUUGAUCCUAAUACAACGGAAGAGACAAUUAAAAGACUCUUGGGAUCCAUAGGGGUAGAGAUAGCCAAAACAAUAAAAUCCAGCGAAUUUAAAACAAACGACGUGGCGUACGAUAACUUAUUUUAUAGAAUACCAUCUGAGUUCGAUGCUAGGAGAAACUGGCAACAAUGUGAUACAAUUGGAAAGGUUCGCGAUCAAGGAAAUUGCGGAUCAUGCUGGGCAUUAGGUCCAAGUGCAGCAUUUGCUGACCGUUUGUGUAUAGCCACGGAUGGAAAUUUUAAUGAAUUAUUGUCAUUAGAGGAAAUAACGUUUUGUUGCCAUGAUUGCGGGUUAGGAUGUAAGGGAGGGGCACCGAUAAAAGCUUGGGAAUAUUUUAUAAAAUAUGGUUUAGUUACCGGAGGAGAUUACCAAUCGGGUGAGGGAUGUCAGCCAUACGGAGUUGCACCUUGCCCUAUUGAUGAGUACGGUAACAAUGUAUUUAACAGUCAACCAAUGGAAAGAAAUCAUAAUUGUACAAAAACUUGUUAUGGAAAUCAAAAUCUCAAUUUUCAAGAAGAUCACAAAUUCAUUAGAGAUGCUUAUUAUCUAACUUAUGGAGCCAUUCAAAAGGAUGUUUUUGCCUACGGUCCCAUUGAAGCGUCAUUUGAAGUAUAUGACGAUUUUCUUAGCUAUAAAACAGGUGUAUACAUCAAAUCGGAAUUUGCAUCAUAUCUAGGAGGUCAUUCCGUGAAAUUGAUUGGCUGGGGAGAGGAAGACGGAGUCCCCUAUUGGUUAUUGAUCAACUCAUGGGGCAUAGCCUGGGGUGACAACGGGCUUUUUAAAAUUCGUCGAGGUACAAACGAGUGUAAAAUCGAAGAUUCAACAACAGGAGGGGUUCCAGUGGUUUAAUAAUUCAAUUGAUUA